AAAUUAAAUGGGAAGCUAAGUGGGGAAAGCUCUAUGUUAGGCCGCUGGCAGGACUUCAGUCCUCAGAGAACUCCCUAGCCUCCUCCCCACUCCUUGUAACUUUAAACAUGAGCUUGUGGCCACCUGGAGAGCCAGCAGGGCUCCCUGUGUGGCUGUGGGGAGAAGCCAGGGCACCACUUCCUUGGCUUUGUGGCUGCAGGUGACUCAUGCACGCACCUGUUUCCUCUGCAGCCUCUCACCUCUCCGGGUGGACAGACAGGGUUUUACCGGGAAACCCAGGUGUCCAGAAAAACAAUUAUGGAGAUUUGAACUGACCAAAUCAUUCACCCUUCCAGAAAGCAAAACUGGGUACAAAUCUUUUCCAAGUUUUCUUCUGAUAAAUCUGCAGGACACCACAUGCCUGGUGCAUGCCUGUGAGAGGAUUUGCCUUUAUGCAGCCACACAGAAGUGCAGCAUGAAGGAGCAGGGCUGCCUGCUUCUCUCACAGGGCUCAUGGCACACUUUGGAAAGGAAAGCCCCUUAAAAAGGCGUUUUCCCUGUCCCACAGCACUGCUGGGCUUGUGAGCUCUUGCACACUCAUGGAUAUUUGGUCUUCUAGUAUAAAAUGCACCCUUCUAAUCUGCUUGGGCCAGCAGUGCCCUCCUGGCCCCCACCAUUUGCUGUGAUUUACUUCACAGAAGGCUUCAGAAUCCAGCCAACACACAUCACAAAAUUGGUGGGAAGAAAUCAUGAUUCAUGCAUUUUUUUAAUUAAUAACGUUCUUAAUUUUACCCAGGAGGUCAUGCCUUGAGAUUCUUUCAGACCAUCACAAAAGAGAACAAGCUGGCUGGGAGCAAUAAGCACCAUCUGAGAAUCCUCCCAUAACUCAGACUGUUUACUUUUCAGUUUCACUCAACAUCAUCCAAGCACAUGUCCCUUUUCCCUCAAAUCCUUUCAGCUGUUUCUUCCUCUGAAGCUGACUUCCAGGGAAAGCUCUAGAGAUCUUUGCCUUCAGAGCAGAUUCACCUCCUGGUUUCUCUUCCCUCUGUGGUGAAAGUAUAGAGCAGGCUGAGGUCCUCCUACCCCAAAGCUUGCUUUAGGAAGAGACACGUGCCUGUGAUUCCUUCUACCUUGGCAGACUUUUCCUAAAGCCUCAAGGUUUAGAGCUGGAGGUCUUGCAGCAGCACAAGUCCUUAACUCCAGGAAGGGAGAGCACAUCCCAGAAACCUGGUGCCAGCACUGGCACCACGUGGCUUCAUGUCACAGCCUUUUGGGGUGAGAAAUCCUCCCAGCAGCCAUGUGUGCAGCGGGCUAGGAACUGCUGUCAUUCCAGGAGCUUCUGAGAAACCAUGUUGGGUCCUGGAAGGAAAAAAACAAACAUGAGUUUCAAUAAUCUGCAGCAUUUUCCAGUCUAUGACAUUUGUACACGGAGGGACCUUACCCACACAGAUGGCCCCAAGCUGUAACUAUAUCAAGUCACUCACAUGACCAAGACUUUGCAGGAUCUCAGCCUCAGGGGCUACCAGGAGUACAGCAGGCCUGAGAGACGGACAAAAAACUCACAGAUCACAUUCAGGAUCAAAACACUACUCACCAGAACAAAGCACAGAUUAAGUGAUACCAGUCCAGAUGACGCAGACCCCAAAUAAGGGCAAAUAAAAUAUUUUUCUGCUGCCAGAACACCAUCAUGUGAUGUGGCAUCUCUUCCUGCAGAGGCCAUGGAGAAGUAUAUCCACUAUCUGCUGUCUGCCUUGGAAUUGCCCCAGGAAAGCUGGUCUGGCUGGCAGUGUAGGGUGCCUAACUUCCAGACUAUUAAAUUACACUGCAAUCAAUGCAACUCAAGAAUGUACUUAAUUUGAAGUAAACGCCUACAGACUGUGAUGAACUGGGAUGCUGCAUUGCUCAGCACACUUCUUUGGCUGAUUUGUUCACUAAGUCAAUAUCUCAGAGGAAAAGAAAUUACAGAAACCUUCUAAAACCUUCUAAAACCUUAAAUAAAGGAAGGAUUGUUGCACUUACAUUAAAAUUACCAAGUUUUUAAGACCCAGCUUCUUAGGGCCUUACAGAGAUAAUGCACUCAGUUUGACUCUUUUAUAAACACCUAACCUGGAUAAAUUAAAGGGAACAUAUAAACCAAGAUCUUCUAUCACUUGCCAAUACAAGAUGCAUUAUUGCCCCAGGCCUCAGAGAAAACUGCAGCUUUGCAUUCCCACUUUUAGUUAAGCUAAUGAGGAGAAGAAGGAAGAGAAUUUUUGAGGUGGGUUCUUCUUCCUUUCAUCUGAAGAGUGGUUGCUGAGCUGUGCAAAGCGUCUGUGCAUAGCUCUGCGAGCUGAGUACCUCAGCGCCAGAGUUCCUAGAGACUGCACUGCUGAAAGGAGAGGUGAGUUCUUCCUAUAUCCUCCCUGGAAGCUGGUUAAACACUCAGUUAGCAGAGGGCCCUCUGAACAAGGGAUGUGGCAUUGCACUGGGUAGAGUUUGCAAAUGCUUCUCAGUUACCUGUUCUGUUCUCUUCUUUUUUCGUUGCAAACCAUGAAGCUCCUCAGGGAGGCUCAGGCUCAUAGGCACUUUGAUGAUUUGGCUGCCCAUUCUUCUCACCAGCCACGUGCCAGUGUGCAUUCAGUGACUUCAUGGUGUGGCUGCUUUGGGGGAGCUAGAUGGGGAAGCAGACUGCAGCUGCUUCUGUAGGAUAUAAAUAUUUUUUUGCAGUCCAGGGGCUCCAGCAGUCCAACAGGGUCAGGGACACCUGGGCUCUAUUCCUGGCUCUCCUGCAGACCUGCUGCUUUGUUUCCCUCCUUUCAGUAGCUCUAAAUGAAGACCUUUUCCUGCCAAAUUUGUUUUCUUAGGUGUGAGGCUUCCACUUGAAAAUAGGAGCCACAGUAAGGAAUCUGGGAUGAUGAGACUGGCCUGUGAAUGCGAGUCCAGGCAUUCAUUUGGUAACAAAUCCCACAAAAGCCAUUGCACUGGUGGAACACCAGGAAUGGCUCACAGGCCAACCUUACACCAUUUACCAGUUAGCCAUCUGCUCCCUUCAGAUAUUAUUUUAUGGCUUUCCUUUGUUUUCACUAAGGCCCAAACAGGAAUGAAAUCGUGGGCCCUUUUAAAUAAAUAGUCCUGCCAUCACUCUAAUAAGUUUGACAAGUUGGUCGCAGGCCCUGGGCAGGAAGCUAAUAAACUUCAAGUUGCUUUUCUAUUGUUUUCCUAAAACAAUUUGACUUCCUUUCUGAUAGCCUCAAAUUCCUUCAAUAAAAAUAGAGUAGCUGGGAGCCAGAGGAAGAGCUGAACCUGAGCCAAGUUGCGCUUACAAUGCCGCCUGCGUAAGAUCACAUUUUAUCCUGAUCCACGAAGACCCUUUAAAAGAAUAGCAGGCAGACAGCUGCCAGUGCAUGUCAGGAACAGCUCAGGAGCGAGUCUCCCCCAGCACUGGUCCUCCAGGCUGGAGGGGAUGUCCAGCCAGUGAGACAGUGUCAGACCACAGGCUGAGCUCCUGGGAGCUGACGGGGCUCCGCUCACCCUGCCCCGAGUGUCCUUCCCCAGACACUUCAGGAUCUCUUCUGGGAGCCGAACACUGGCAGAGAGGUGGGCUCCAGCAAGACCAAAGGGCUGUGCUAGAGCUCUCCCACCCUUCAGUCAACUUUACCUGUUCCUCUCUCUACCUGUGCAGGCUCAGCAAAAAGAGAGGCUUGCGCUCAGCUCUCAAGACUUCUCACCCCUCCUGGUGAGCAGAAAUGGGGGAGUGGAGUUUCCUGGGAGACUUCCUUGAGAAGGUCCACAAGCACUCCACAGUGGUGGGGAAAGUCUGGCUGACCGUGCUCUUCAUCUUCCGGAUGCUGGUGCUGGGAACAGCCGCCGAGUCCUCCUGGGGGGACGAGCAGUCGGACUUCAUGUGCGACACCCAGCAGCCCGGCUGCGAGAACGUCUGCUACGACAAGGCCUUCCCCAUCUCCCACGUCCGCUUUUGGGUCCUCCAGAUCAUCUUCGUCUCCACCCCGUCCCUGGUGUACAUGGGCCAUGCCAUGCACACGGUGCGCAUGGAGGAGAAGAGGAAGAUGAAGGAGGCAGAAAUAGAGGCCCGAGAGAACAAAAACGGUGGUGACACGUACUACCAGCAGAAGUGCUCCGUGGCAGAGAAAGAGACUAAGCUGUCUGGCUGGGAUGAAGCAGGAGGCCAAAUCAUACUCAGGGGCAGCCUGCUCAACACUUACGUCUACAGCAUUUUGAUUCGAACUGCCAUGGAAGUGGCCUUCAUCGUGGGGCAGUACGUCCUGUACGGGAUCUUCCUGGAGACCCUGUACAUCUGCCAGCGGGCACCGUGCCCCCACCCCGUCAACUGCUACGUGUCCCGCCCCACCGAGAAGAACGUGUUCAUCGUCUUCAUGCUGGCCGUGGCAGUGCUCUCCCUCUUCCUCAGCCUGGCCGAGUUGUACCACUUGGGCUGGAAGAAAGCCAAGGAGAGGUGCUCCCGGUCCUACAAAGCCAGCCCCAGCACAGCCCCCGGCAGGCUGGAGUCUGCCCCGCAGGCAGAGAGGGCACAGAUGUACACCCCGCCGCCGGAUUUUAACCAGUGCUUGUCCAGUCCCAACGGGAAGUUCAUCAGCCCCUUCAGCAACAAGAUGGCCUCCCAGCAGAACACCGCCAACUUCGCCACCGAGAGGGUCCACGGCCAGGAGGAUGCUGCUGCGGAAGGGCCCUUCAUUAAGUCCAGCUACGUGGAGAGUCCAGAGGCGGCCAGUGAAUGUGCAGCACCUGCCUUCCCCGAGAACUACUUCAACGAGAAACGCCGGUUCAGCAAGGCCAGCCGUGCCAGCAGCAAGGCUAGGUCGGAUGAUUUGUCUGUGUGACCUGUCCCCAGCAGGGAUGAGGAGAAGGAGCUGUCCUAGUGCUCAGUAAAACUUUGGCAAAGUGGACUCCAAACUCUCACCCCUAACCUCCCUGUCUUAAUAUCCUCUAUCCUUUCCAAACAGCACCUCUAACAGCUCAAGGCAGGGGCAGCCACAGGCACUGAAGAGAGAC